AUGACUUUUAUGCACUAUGCAAGUUGCCUCAAAUUCAACAAAGAUGAGGCGGUCAAGGGGAGUAGUGCAGUAGGCUCCGGAGGUGUGCUUAGGGAUGAUCAUGGAGACUGGGUGAUGGGGUUUUGUAACAACAUGGGAACAUCGAAUUCUUUGUUGGCUGAGCUUACAGGGAUUCGUACAGCAGUGGAAUUUAUUCUAGAUGACAAUUAUCCUCAUGUUGUCAUUGAGAGUGAUUGCUUAGAGGCGGUGAACAUGAUUUCAGGAUCAUCUCCUGUAGCUGGUGCAUAUGGGGAGAUAGUUGAUGCUAUUAGGAGAGGGAUUUCUUUCCAUGGAAAUAUUAGUUGUUGCUUUACUCCUAGAGAGGCUAAUUUAGUAGCGGAUUGGCUAGCAAUAGCGGCUCUGAUGUUCCCGUUUGGAACUCAUAGACUCACUUCUCCUCUAAGGGAUUGUCAUCGUCUGAUUUUACUGGAUAAGGGCGAGGGUUUAUCCUCUCUCUCGGUAGAGCCUAGUGCUUAG